CCGGCCGGCUCCGCGCCUCGGCAGCGCUGGCGGCCCGCUGCUAGCGAGCAGCCCGGAGUGCCGGCACUGCCAGCUGCGAGCUGCGCGGAGCCCCGAGGGCGCCGGGGAGCGCUGACCGUGCCCGCUCGGCGGGGCCGGGCCUGGAGCCGGCCCCGCCCGUGCUCCGUUCUGGCGGCGCGCGCCGCUCGCCGCCCCCGCUGGCGGCGCACGUGACCGGAAGCGGGCCGCGGCGGCGGCGGCAUGGCGGCGGAGGGCGAUGUGGAGCUGGAGCUGGAGACGGAGCCCAACGGCUCCGGCGGCGGCAGCGAUGGGGCGGGCGGGCGCGCGGCCGAGAAGCCGCGGAAGCACGAUAGCGGCGCGGCGGACCUGGAGCGCGUCACGGACUACGCGGAGGAGAAGGAGAUCCAGAGCUCCAACCUGGAGACGGCUAUGUCGGUGAUCGGAGACCGGAGGUCCCGGGAGCAGAAAGCCAAGCAGGAGAGGGAGAAAGAACUGGCAAAAGUGACCAUCAAGAAGGAGGACCUAGAGCUGAUUAUGACAGAGAUGGAAAUAUCGAGGGCCGCAGCGGAGCGCAGCCUGCGCGAGCACAUGGGCAACGUGGUGGAGGCUCUCAUCACCCUCACCAACUGAGCUGGGGGGCCAUGGGCUGCCAGGCAUGGGCCUCUUGCCAUACCAAUAAAGGCACUGGUGGGAA